ACUAAUGUUUGGGGAAUUUAUAUGAAUUUCCCUAUCACAAUGAACUGACAUAUCUGUCAUGUUUUCUCUCUUUCGCCAAUCGUCAAGUUUCCGAUAGUAAUGGCUGAUACACAAGCUAAACCAGCUGCUGCACCUGCCGCUAAAGCCACAAAGGCUCCAAAAGCUAAGGCACCAAAGCCUGCUAAAGCGCCAAAAAUCGAAAAGACCACUGAAGUCAAAUCGGCACCAAAAUUGAAACGUCAUGGACGUCUAUUUGCUAAGGCCGUAUUCACUGGAUACAAACGAGGCUUGAGAAAUCAACACGAAAGUCAAGCUAUCUUGAAGAUUGAAGGUUGCCGCAGAAAGGAACAUGGUCGUUUCUACAUUGGCAAGCGUUGCGUGUAUGUCUACAAAGCUGAAACUAAAAAGUGCGUACCACAACAUCCAGAACGUAAAACUAGACUUCGUGCAAUCUGGGGUAAGGUAACACGUCUACAUGGUAACACUGGUGCAGUGCGUGCACGUUUCAACAGAAAUCUGCCCGGUCAAGCAAUGGGACAUCGUAUUCGCAUUAUGUUGUACCCAUCAAGGAUUUAAGUUAAAAUUUAACUUUAAUUGACCCAACAAAUUGCUUUUUUUUUUAAAUAAAACUACAUUUGAAAAACUUUA